UGACAGCCCAACAACUCCUAUUGACCAAGGGAAGCUUCCUGGUCGUCCCAAGCCAUGCCCUCAUCGGCUUUAGUUAUGCAGAUAUCAAGGGGAAGCAUCCAUCCAUCUAUAGGCCUGCCAAUAAUACAAUGUCACUCACCAGCCUGCUUAUUGUCCUCGCAGCCACCAGUACCAUAUUCACUGCCGCCAAUGGGAGCGGGAGCUGCAUCCCGGCUGAGCGAGCGGCGCUGCUCUCUUUCAAAGCCGGCAUCACAAGCGACCCAACGGAUCUCCUCGGCUCAUGGCAGGGCCACAACUGCUGCCAGUGGAGCGGUGUCAUCUGCGACAACCGCACAGGCAACGUCGUCGAGCUCCGCCUCCGCAACACCUACAUCUCAGCUGACACCCGACUGUUUUGGUGCGUGCCUGAAGGAGAACCAGACCCAUUGCAAGGGAAGAUAAGUCCUUCUUUGCUCGCCUUACAGCACUUGGAGCAUCUUGAUCUUAGUGGUCACAAUCUUGGGGGUGUGGGCGUGCCCAUACCCAAAUUCCUGGCCUCCUUCAACAAGACUUUGACAUACCUCAACCUUGGUUGCAUGAAUUUCGAUGGAAAACUGCCUCCUCAGCUUGGUAACCUCUCUAGGUUGCUGCAUCUUAACCUGGCGUCUCCUGUUUCCACUCAAACUCUCUUGCAUUCUGAAGACAUGUCAUGGGUGUCUAACCUCCAUUUACUAAGGUCUCUCGACAUGAGUGGAGUGAACCUCACCACCGUUGGUGAUUGGGUUCGGGUCGUCACCCUUCUUCCUUCUCUGGAAGACCUUCGACUCAGUAAUUGUGGGCUCGGGUUACCACAUCAACCUGUAGUGAAUUCAAAUAGAAGUUCACUACAAUUGUUGUAUCUAGAUAACAACAGAAUCGACACACUGAAUCCAGCCUACUGGUUUUGGGAUGUUGGUACGAUCAAGGAACUUGAUCUUUCAACAAAUCAAAUAGCUGGCCAAAUUCCAGAUGCAGUCGGAAACAUGACAAUGCUUGAGACACUUGCCUUGGGUGGCAAUUACCUCUCAGGCAUAAAAUCUCAACUAUUCAAAAACUUAUGCAACCUGAAGGUGCUAGGGCUAUGGUCAAAUGAGGUCCAACAGGAUAUGCCAGAAUUUGUGGACGGAUUUCCUGGGUGUGCAAACAGUAAAUUACGAUCCUUAGAUUUGUCACUCACAAAUCUUACUGGAGGGAUUCCAAGCAGUAUAAAAAAGUGGAGUAACUUAACAGAGCUCGGACUCUCUAAUAAUAUGCUUGUAGGAUCAAUGCCUUCGGAAAUUGGUCAUCUGAGUAAUCUUGAGGUGUUGGUCCUACAAAACAACAAGUUGAACGGUUAUGUAUCAGAGAAACAUUUUACCAGUCUAUUGAAAUUGAGGUAUGUGGACUUAUCUCGCAACUCUCUGCACAUCAUGAUCAGCUCAAACUGGGUCCCCUCAUUUAGCCUGAAAGUGGCUCGUUUUGCCGGUAACAAGAUGGGACCUCAUUUUCCAUCGUGGCUUAAAGGACAGAAAGAUGUUUUCGAUCUUGACAUUUCUGGUGCAAGCAUAGCUGAUCGUCUUCCUGGAUGGUUUUGGAAUGUAUUCUCAAAAGUUCGAUAUUUGGAUAUCUCUUUUAAUCAAAUAAGUGGCAGGCUGCCAGGAACACUGAAAUUUAUGACUUCUGCACAAAGGCUUGACCUUAGCUCAAACAGCUUAACAGGUUUGCUGCCACAACUACCAGAAUUCUUGACGGUCCUUGAUAUCUCCAAUAACUCUUUAUCAGGACCACUUCCCCAAGACUUUGGAGCUCCGAUGAUUCAAGAGUUUCGACUAUUUGCAAAUCGCAUCAAUGGACAGAUUCCAACAUAUAUAUGUCAACUGCAGUAUUUGGUAGUGCUGGAUCUUUCAGAAAACCUUCUAACAGGGGAACUUCCCCAAUGUUCGAAGCAAAAAAUGAACACAACAGUAGAGCCCGGAUGCAUAGAACUGUCAGCUCUGAUCUUGCACAACAACAGUCUCUCUGGCAGAUUCCCUGAAUUCUUGCAACAAAGUCCACAGUUGACACUGCUUGAUCUUUCCCACAACAAGUUUGAGGGAGAGCUUCCAACAUGGAUAGCAGGGAACUUGCCAUAUUUGUCAUAUCUGCUGUUGCGGUACAAUAUGUUCAAUGGUUCUAUUCCACUUGAGCUCACUGAACUAGUAGAACUCCAGAUCUUGGACCUUGCAAAUAAUAGAAUGUCAGGAAUUAUACCUCAUGAAUUGGCCAGCUUGAAAGCAAUGAAUCAGCAUAGCGGCAUAAGAUCUAACAACCCCUUGGCGAGCCAGGACACAAGGAUAACAUUGCACGCUGACAAAGUAAGAGUAAUAAAGUAUGAUAGUGGCCUGCAGAUGGUAAUGAAAGGUCAAGAACUUUUUUACACCAGUGGAAUGGUAUAUAUGGUCAGCCUUGAUUUGUCCUACAAUAAUUUAGUUGGAGAGGUUCCAGAUGAAAUAGCAUCUCUUGUUGGGUUGAUAAAUUUGAAUAUCUCCCAUAAUCAGUUCACUGGAAAGAUUCCAGACAACAUUGGCUUGCUACGAGCAUUAGAGUCUCUUGAUCUCUCAUUCAACGAGCUUUCAGGUGAAAUUCCCUGGAGUCUUUCAGAUAUAACAACACUGAGCCACUUAAACCUGUCAUAUAAUAAUCUCUCUGGAAGAAUACCCUCGGGAAAUCAGCUACAGGCACUUUAUGAUCCAGAAUCUAUGUACGUUGGCAACAAAUAUCUUUGUGGGCCUCCUCUUUCUAAAAAAUGCUUGGGGCCAGAGGUAACUGAAGUUCACCCUGAAGGAAAAAAUCAAAUAAAUAGUGGCAUAUAUUUUGGACUGGCUUUAGGGUUCGCCACGGGACUCUGGAUUGUUUUUGUUACCUUCUUAUUUGCGAAGACCUGGAGAGUUGCCUACUUCAAACUGCUUGAUAAGCUCCAGGAUAAUAUGCAACUGUCUGUGGCUAUGAUAUCUGCUAAGGGCUAUUGCUUCCAAAGCACUAUUGUCACUCCCUAAUGGUGAAAUCACUUGAUACUGGCUAGGGCUUUUGUCUUUUCUUCUUUUAAUUUUUACUCCUGAUCUAUGAUUGUAUUUCGUGCUUUUCUGUGUCUACCUUGUACUACAAGGUCGAUUAUUGUAAGAACAAAGCAUUGUUAGAUAUCAAGACAAUUGAGAAUCAUGAAAUAAAUUGUCAAAUAAAUUAGUUUGCCUUAUUUCA